UAUAGAAAGCCUGCAGAGGGAGUAAGCCAAACUUACACCUCAAGCAACCAAACAUUUUCCUUUUUUUCUUUUUUUCUUUUUUAAAAAAAAUGUGUUAUAUAUUUUUCUUUGGUUUCUCUUUUUAAUUUCUUUUGUGAGAUUGAAGGCCGAUAAUUCCAUCUGCCUAAAGCUCAAAGCUCAAGAACCAGAAGGAGGAACAAAGAGAGCUUCCUUCUCUUUUACUUUUUCCCCCUCUUUUUUUUUUCUUUUUUAUCUUUUUAUUUGCCAUCUUCGUCCGUUCGUUAGUUAUCAUUCCGUUCCCAGCCUUUUGCCUGUUGUACACAAUCUCUCUUCCUCUUCUUUAAUUAUCUGUUGGAUAUAUGAAAUGACUUGGUGCAACAGCAGUAUUGAUCGGAGCUUGACGUCGACGACAGCUCUUAUUGCUAAUAAAUCGUUAACGGGUUCGGGUUUAAUCAAGGCUUGCCCUGCGUGCGGUCACAAGAUUGAGAUUGAGGAGCAGGGGGGUGGUGGAGGUAUUCAAGAUUUGCCGGGAUUGCCGGCAGGGGUGAAGUUCGAUCCGACGGACCAGGAGCUGCUUGAGCAUUUGGAAGGGAAGUCGAGGCCGGAGUUGCAGAAGCACCACCAUUUAAUAGAUGAGUUCAUUCCCACCAUUGAAGGCGAGAAUGGGAUUUGCUACACCCAUCCUGAGAAGCUUCCUGGUGUUAGCCGUGACGGCCUCAUCCGCCACUUCUUCCACCGUCCUUCAAAAGCCUACACCACGGGAACACGAAAACGCCGAAAAGUGCACACCGACAUCCACGGAGGCGAGACUCGCUGGCACAAAACAGGCAAAACAAGGCCAGUUCUCUCUAACGGCAAAACAAAAGGAUACAAGAAAAUACUAGUUCUGUACACAAACUACGGCAAGCAAAAAAAGCCAGAGAAGACAAACUGGGUCAUGCAUCAGUACCAUUUAGGCUCCGAUGAAGAGGAGAAGGAUGGCGAGCUUGUUGUGUCGAAGGUUUUCUAUCAGACUCAGCCGAGGCAAUGUGGGUCUGGAUCGAAGGAAAUCAAUCAGGUUAAGUCUAAAGGAGUGACUGGAGAUGACAAUGGUAAUGUUAAUGUUGUUGAUUAUUAUGGGAGUUCUGCUGGUUUGAUGAGUUACGGUCAAGGAGUGCCUAGUUUCAGUGUGCAUGCUGGUGGGUCUUCUAAUUUUCUUCAAUGAGUAUACGCAAGUGACUGAAGUAUUAAUAUUACUGCUAGUAGGAGUGAAUAAUGUGGAAGGGGGCUGUGAAAAGAGGAGGCAUGGAUGUUUACUGUGGUAGUAAUUAAUUGACUGAAGACUUACAGAGGAAUGGAUUUUUUUAGAUGUGAGAUAUAAAUGCAUGCAUUUUUACCCUUUUUUCUACAGAUAAUAAUACUUCGUUCGGGGCUUUUGCCUGAUUAAUAGUUGUAAAUUAGGAUGGAGUUAUUUUCUAGCAUGAUUCGUUUUAUAUAUGUGGAAUAUCGUUUUGAAC